CUAUUGUCAUUAAUGUCAUAUACACAUGUUUAACAUUUGAAGUAAACAAUCGAAUAAUAAUGGCUUUUUGGACAAAAACCGGUUGGGUAAUAAGACAAUGUAUAUCAUUUUACAAACCUCUCAGAAUAACAGAGAUACCAUCUCGUCAUAUCCAUAGAUGGGUAGCACCUACUUUAAAAGAACUGUAUAGACGAAAAGAAAGAUUGGGACCAGAACCUGAACAACCGAGAUCUAGUCAUCUUGAGUGGAAUUAUGAUGCUGAACUUUUCGCAUUUGGAAAACGUCUAGGUGAAGAAUUGGACAGAAGUUUACUUAAGCAAGCCCUUGUACAAAGAGAAUACGCUAAUAUACAAGAAGUAAAAGCUCAACGUAAAGGAACACCUUCAGAGGAGUUGAAACAUAAUUACGAGUUAGUUCAAGAAGGGGAAGAUAUAAUUAAUGAUUAUUUAAAAACAGAGUUGAAUAAAACUUAUCCAAAAGAUAUUGUAGAUGCAGUUUUAAGAUAUCUAACUGAAGAAGAAAUGUUGGCAAAUAUAGGUAGUCAUAUUGGUCUUAAAGAUUUAGUUUUAACAGAUGAGUAUCCACCUACAUCUAAAACUUUAAGUGAUACAUUUAAAGCUGUUGUAGCAGCUUUGAAGCGUUCUCAAGAUUUAGCACGUGCCGAAAAUUUCGUUAAAGACUUUGUUUUGGUACAACUUAAUGGAAAAAAUGUAUACGAGAUAUGGAAUCUCAAAGAUCCUUAUGAAUACCUAACAAGGUUACUAAAAGAAAAAGGCAUCACUGAUAUUGAACCUCGUUUGUGUGCUGUAUCUGGUUCUAAUACUAUCAUGGCGUGUUACCAAGUAGGAUUGUACAAUGAUAAGAAAUUAUUGGGAAUAGGUUGGGGCGAAAGUACCAAAAUAGCGCAAGAAACUGCGGCGAUUGACGCAAUUCAGAGGCUACAUAAACAUGUAAAUAAAGAUUAAAUUUGUAUUAUUAAAAAUUAGAUAAUAAAAA